CGAAUCCCCUCAGGGUUGGAACCAUGGCGGUGGCCAAGGAGCUCUUACAGAUGGACCUGUAUGCGCUGCUAGGUAUCGAGGAGAAAGCGGCGGACAAAGAGGUGAAGAAGGCCUAUAGGCAGAAGGCCCUUUCCUGCCACCCAGACAAAAACCCGGAUAAUCCCAGAGCAGCUGAGCUCUUCCACCAGCUUUCUCAGGCCUUGGAGGUACUGACCGAUGCUGCAGCCAGGGCUGCAUACGACAAGGUCAGGAAAGCCAAGAAGCAGGCAGCGGAGAGGACCCAGAAACUUGAUGAGAGAAGGAAGAAAGUGAAGCUUGACCUGGAGGCCCGAGAGCGGCAGGCCCAGGCCCACGGCAGUGAGGAGGAGGAGGAAAGCAGGAGCACCAGGACACUGGAGCAGGAGAUCGAACGCCUUCGAGAAGAGGGCUCCCGGCAGCUGGAGGAGCAGCAGAAGCUGAUCCAGGAGCAGAUACGCCAGGAGUGGGAGCAGAGGUUGAGAGGAAAGUCAGAAAGUCCUGAAGGCAGAGGAACCCCUAAGCUAAAGCUAAAAUGGAAGUGCAAGAAGGAAGAUGAGUCAAAAGGCGGCUACUCCAGAGAUGUUCUCUUACAGCUUUUCCAGAAGUAUGGAGAGGUGCUUAACCUGGUGCUUUCUAGUAAGAAGGCCGGCACUGCUGUGGUAGAGUUCGCAACCAUCAAGGCUGCGGAGCUGGCUGUCCAGAAUGAAGUGGGCCUGGUUGAUAACCCUCUGAAGAUUUCCUGGUUGGAGGGACGACCCCAGGGUGGGAGGGACCCCAGCCACUCAGGACUGUCACAGCUGGCUGGGAGUGUGGCCCAGGACCUGGACAGAGGAGAAAGAUGAACGGGUAGGAGCCCUUCCUUAGAGACCUCAUUCCCCACUGUUAAGUUCCAGCAUUUCACAGCCCCAGAGGACACUCCAUAGGCCAUGUUACAAAGGACUUUAUUCAUUUUCUCCUGCAUCCAGAGGGGAGCCUUUGAACUCCGCAAGUCCACACAGAGGAGGGAAGAGGGAGGCUGUCGGUAUGGGUAUGGAAGCCGUGUGCGUCGAAGCUUCCUCUCCCUCUCUGCCAGGCUUGGAGAGGCCUGUAGUGUCAGAACCACGUGGCCAGCCAGUCUGAGUUCUGGUUGCAAGUCUUCUGGCCAGGCCAUGAGACGGGGGCAGUAGCACAGCCCUUGGCCUUGACCAGUGGGCUGGCCCUGGGUAGCAGGCCCCCAUCGUCAGGGGGCUUGGGCAAGGCAGAGCUCCUCAAUCCUGGUGGAGGAUUCUAGAGACCUGCUGAGCUGCUUCACAGUAACAGCCACAGGCUUCGUGUCCAUUCCCGAUCCAGUUCUCCUAUGCUCUUGGGGCAGAAAGGGAAAUCUGCCACUGUUCCCGCUACAUUUCCCAAGGGUUCCCAUCACUAAAAUUCUGGGAACUGCCCCAAGCACCCCUUUGCAGGCUGUGCCUGUGCCUUUGGCUGCCAUUCCCUAUAGCCUUCUUCCUUGGGCACCAGGCGUGCUCUGGACAGCUGCCUUGGCGGCUUGUCUUGUCCCUUUUUGGCAAGUGAUUUGUUUGCCCUUCCCCCUGAGUUGUACUGUGCACCUCUACCUGCCUCUCUUUUUUUACUCUGCCAGUCCCUCCCCUUCCCUGCAGGUCCUGUUUGUCCCCUUACCCCACUGCGCACUCAUGGCUCCAGGCCAUGGCCUAGACCCAAGCUGCCUGCUAGGGCUUUCUCCAGGGAUGUUCAUGUUCAGCCAGCACUGUCCAAAGUGGUAGCCAUUCAUUACGUGUGGCUGCUGAACAUUUGAAAUGUGGCUAGUGCAGCCAUGGAACUAAAUUCUUAAUUUUACUUAAUUUCAAUUUGAACAGCCACACAUAGUUAGUGGGUGGGACCCAUUUUGCCUUGCCCUAUCCUGUGAUGCCUCUCUGUUAACAGUGGGUUCUGAGGGGCCGGUGCAGGACACCUGUCUGACCCGCGCAGUCUGCAUGUCCUCCACUCCCCUGGACUCACCCCUUGUGCUGUCCUCCCCCUCUGCUGGCCUCCGCCCGGUCCCUGUGGUUACAGGCGUGGCCUCCCUUGCCCAGCCCAGCCAACUGCCUUCAGGGCUUCUGCCACCAAGUGCCCCCUCACAGCACUUCCAGCUUGCCUCUGUGCCUCCGCUCCCCGGUGAUGUGGAGGACUUCAGGACCUGGAGGGCAGGCACGACCCUGGAUUUCUCUCCCUAAUUCUCCUGAAUCUGCAGCUGUACCCUCCUUCCCGGCUUCCGGCUCUUCCAGUGACCCCACCUCUGCCCACCCGCACCCCAUUCAGAAGCUAGGUUCGCUCGGAAAUUGCUCCCUCAGCAUCUGUAGAACUUCCUCAAGAAGUGAAAUCCCCAGGUCCACUUUGAAGGAGAAGAAGGGAUCACUGAGGUCUGGAGCAGGUGUCUCCUGGAAGGGGGGAGUGUCCAGAAGGUCAUUGUCAGAGUAGUGGUGGAGGGCGCCUGCCAGGGAGAGCGCAGAAGGCAGGGUGGCCGA